AUGGACGAGAACAGUUUGAAAGGGCUGCCCCCCUCCAACGGACCACGACCCCAUCGCUGUGAGGUGUGUCAAAGGUCAUUUCGAGAAAUCGCCACCUUGCGGAAGCACGAGCAACUUCACCGGGCGGACAGACCUUACGUGUGCAACACCUGUGGCAAGUCCUUCCUGUGGUCCUCCAAUUUAAAGGUUCACGAACGGGUUCAUACAGGCGAGCGACCGUACAAGUGUAAAAUAUGCCACAGAUGCUUCACCCAGUCCAACGACCUUCGGCGCCACGAGAGAAAUGUUCACAUGCGAGGUAAAAUCUACGGGUACAAAACAGCAGGACGUCACAACAGCCAGGUCAACUUGGCUGCAUACCAGGCCUUUGCCAUGCAGCAGAGGGCGCUGCUUCAGCAAGCUUUGACUUACGAGUCUUACCUACAGAAAGCUGCUGUGGGCAGUGGUCAAGCCCAGUUGUUUCAUCAUUCUCAGGGAAUCGGAGGAACUGGUACCUCUCCGUUGGUCGGAGCCCGGCCACCGGAUUCUGCUACCUCUCCCAGAAGUCCGCUCAAGUUGGAACAGGUUAACCAGCAGGUUCGGAUCAACAGGGAGCUGGAGCAGCGACAUAUGUCCCGAGAAAGUAAUUCCAGAGAGUUUGAUCACAAGAGAGAGAAUGAAAGAGAAAUGAGUGUUCAAAACGGCUCAAGCAGAGACUACGGUCAUGACCACACCAGUUCCAUGGAACACCAGCGAAACAGUCUGCAGGAGAACCACAAUGGUUCUGCCCUCUACCAUCAUUCUCAACACCAACCAUUGAUACACGAAAGAGUUGAAUCACAUAAUACAUCGUCGUCACACUCCAUGGAUGAAAACCAUCACAAAUCUUACCCCUGUGAUUCCGUGAUGGACCUCAGCAUGAAUAAAUCCUCAAACUCCCCAUCCUCAAGAGCAUCUAGCACAGCAUCAUCCAGUAUUGACAAGGAGGCCAGCGGUGGAACCAUGCCACCACCGAAAACCCCGACUUCCACCGGCGCCGAGUCGGAGUCCGAACCGGGCAAGAGAGAUGUCACCACAACCUCAGCCACUCCGACAGUGGACAGCGGUGGGAUCCAUCACUGCCAGCACUGCAACAUCUUCUUCUAUGACUACACCAUGUUUCAUCUGCAUGAGAGCCUGCACAUGCCGUACGAAGACCACCCGUUCCGAUGUCCAUCAUGUGGAACUCACUGCCAGGACAAGAUUGAGUUUAUGUUCCACACCGUCUGGCAUGUCAAAUACCCGCAUACUAUACCAAACUACACACCAUUCAGGGAAGGAUUCCUUUCAUCUCCAUAA